UACUCUACUGUCUCUCCCCACGACUUCCAUCACAAACACUCAAAACACAAAAAAUGGCCCCAUCUCUAAUCGGCCCUCCACAACCCCAACCACAACCACAAUCUCUCUCCUCCACCACCUCAACCGGUAACCCAUUUAUCGAUCAAAUGGUUUCCACCUUCAACACCACCACCAUAUCGUCUCCUCCACCAAUGGGUUUUACCGAAAACUUCUCCCCCACCUUCCUUUCCACCGGUAACCCAUGUCUUGACUUAUUCUUCCACAUUGUUCCCGGUACUCCCUCUGAUUCUCUCAUUCAACGUCUUAAACUCGCUUGGUCUUACAACCCUUUGACCACCCUUAAACUUAUUUGUAAUCUUCGUGGUGUUCGUGGCACCGGUAAAUCAGAUAAAAACGGGUUUUAUACAGCUGCGUUGUGGCUCCAUCAAAACCACCCUAAAACUCUUGCUUGUAAUCUUACUAGUUUCUCUGAUUUUGGGUAUUUUAAGGAUUUUCCUGAGAUUUUGUUUCGUGUUUUGGGUUUAACCCAUGUUCCCAAGAUCAAAAAGAAGGUUAAAGAGUAUGAUCAUCCGUUUAGAACGAAGAAGAAGUUUAAGAAAUCGUUUAAUCAUCGUCAAAAGAAAAAAUCAUCUUCUUCUGCGAGUUUGGAGAUGCAGGAGAGAGAAAAACAAGUUUCCGGUGAACUUCGUGUUCGUAAGAAGACUGAGAUGGCUAGCAAGGCUUUGGAGAGAUAUAAUCGUGAUCCUGACUACCGAUUUCUUCAUGACCGCGUCUCUGAUCUUUUCGCGGAUCAUCUGAAAUCCGAUUUGGAGUAUUUAAAUGCCGGAAAUCCUAAUAAGAUUAGUCUGGCUGCGAAAUGGUGUCCAUCGUUGGACUCGUGUUUCGACCGAGCUACACUCUUAUGUGAAGCCAUUGCUAGGAAAGUGUUCCCAAAGGAGAAGUAUAGUGAAUAUUCGGAGUUGGAGGAGGCGCAUUACGCUUACCGGGUACGAGACCGGCUUCGAAAGGAAGCUCUAGUCCCGCUAAGACGGGCCUUAGAGCUUCCUGAGGUGUUCAUGGGGGCUAACCGAUGGAAUGAGUUGCCGUAUCAUCGAGUUGCGUCUGUGGCGAUGAAGACUUACAAGGAGCAUUUCUUGAAGCAUGAUGAAUGUAGGUUUAAGGAGUAUAUUGAGAAGGUAAAGUCUGGUGAUGCGAAGAUUGCUGCAGGAGCUCUUUUACCUCAUGAGAUUAUUACUUCGUUGGAAGAUGGUGAUGGUGGUGAGAUUGCGGAGUUGCAGUGGAAGAGGAUGGUUGAAGAUUUGUCUAAAGAAGGGAAACUUAAUAACUGUCUUGCUGUUUGCGACGUUUCGGGUUCGAUGCACGGGACUCCUAUGGAGGUUUGUGUUGCUCUUGGAUUGCUAUUAUCAGAGCUUUCAGAGGAGCCAUGGAAAGGGAAGGUGAUCACGUUUAGUAACAACCCGCAGCUACAUUUGAUUGAAGGGGAUGAUCUAAAAUCUAAGAGGGAAUUUGUAAACCGUAUGGAUUGGGGGAUGAACACUGAUUUUCAGAAGGUGUUUGAUUUGAUACUGAAUGUUGCAGUGCAGGUGAAGUUGUCUAAAGAUCAGAUGAUUAAAAGGGUGUUUGUGUUUAGUGAUAUGGAGUUUGAUCAAGCUUCGUCGAAUCCAUGGGAGACUGAUUAUAUGGUGAUUAAGAGGAAGUAUGAGGAGAGUGGAUAUGGUGAAGCAGUGCCGGAGAUUGUGUUUUGGAAUCUGAGGGAUUCGAGGUCGACGCCGGUGGCGAAGAAUCAGAAUGGGGUGGCGUUGGUGAGUGGGUUUUCUAAGAAUAUGAUGAAGUUGUUUUUGGAUGGUAAGGAGGAUCAGCUUAGUCCUGAAGCUGUAAUGGAGGCUGCUAUUUCAGGAGAAGAGUAUAAGAAGCUUGUUGUAUUGGAUUGAUUGUCAAUUUUGUAAUACAGUGCAGUUUCUCUUGCUAUACUUGUUGUGGCAAUAUGAGAUUAAUAAAAAUGUUAUUGCAUUUGUUGUUGAGGAGAAUAAUGGAGAUCCGAUUUAUAAAACGUCCAAAUAAAUUGGGAGAAUAAUGAUGUCGAUUAGAUGUUGAAAACGAAGUAGAUAUGGGACUGAACCCGAGGGUAAGACAAGAUAUGUAUAAUUACUGAGUUUAUCCUCAUAUCCAACUUUAAACUUUAGACUGUGCCUUAUCAA